AUUUUUUCUACAAAAUUACAUUUUCAAUAAAUGUCUUGAAAAUCAACAAUUCGUGUUAUUAAUAUCGUAUACAAAGUAAGCGCAAGUAUUAAAUUUCAAACCAUGAUUUUAUUAUAUCUGCCGGUGUUCAAUAAAAUUCUUCGGUUAGCCAAGAGUACAGGAAUUAUGUGCCAUCGGGACAUCGCACGUCACACAUAUUGUGAUCCAAAAAUGGUCAAAAUGUAAACAAGAAAGAAUUGAGACAAACAUGAAAUAGAUAAUCUGACAGUAUCAGAAUAUGACAGUAAUUGAUUUUUUUUAUAAAACUUGCAUGGAGGUGUAAAUUGAAACGAUACCGAGCACAUCGCCAACCGUGAAAUAUUUCGGAAUUUUAAAAUCGAAUUCGAAUAAAUUCAUUCCCAUAAUGAAAAUGCUCGAAAUCGGACCAUAACUCCCCAGAUUCCGAAUAUGAGACGUGGUUGACUUUUUACCGAACUAAAUGGACGAUUUGAUAGAUUUUUAAUGAAAUUAGAAUAGCAUCUUAUCCUAAUAGUAAUUUGAUCUGUCGCAAAAAAUGAAUAACAUAGCUUCAAUAAUUUAUAUCUGAUAGAUUUACCGGUAUUUUCAGUAUUAACCGGUAUUUUAAAAUGGGCGAUGCCUCACCUACAACGCAGUAUUUCUUAUUCCGAUACCGUUUAUAAAUUGUAAAUUCCAUCUGUGUCCAGUUGAUAGUUUUAUUUAGCUCCACAUGUUGCUCUGUGCAACAAGUUGCAAGAGUCUAAACGGCAAUACCUACCCAAUCCAGUCACUGUCAAAGUUGGGAAGGUGAUUUACACUCUCGAUUCCAAUGACAUGAUGCUUGUACAUAUCUUUAUCGCAGGUUCUACCAAUACCUGAAAAUAUUUUUUACGCAAUUGAGACUUGCGAGAGUGUAAAGUGUUCGUUUAUACUCAAACUAAUACCUCCUUUACUUGUUUGUUUGUUUCCAAUUUUCAUUUACAUAUAUUAUUAUGUAGCUAUUUAUCAGUUUCGCAAAUUCACAUAUUAUAGCAACGCUAGUAUAUUUUAUUUUAAACCACUGCAUUGCCAGAACUUUAGUAUUUACAAGAUACAUAUGUAUGUAUGUUUGUAUGUGCUCAUGCAUUGUUUUAUUAAAAUAUCGCUUUCACAGAUAGUCCAAUGGGCAUACAUAAUUUGUACCGUCAUCUUUGUCUAUUGCGAUUAACUUUAGAUAGAAUUGUUCUAACAAAUCGUUUAGAGCGAGGUUAUAAUUUCUAGAAUUAUUGGAAUAUUUAAUUUAUGUGUGUAUAUAUUAUAAUUCAUUAUUUUAAAUGUAAUGAUUAUUUGUAUUUAUAAUUUAUUAUUUAAACAAAAAUCGUAUACUUAUUGCGAAAUUUUUAAUAAAGAAUUUAGUUGUAUACAUUCAGUUCAGUUGGUGAAAUCUAUAUAGAUAUAUGUACUACACGUAUGCAUAUUUGUACGAUAUAAAAUAUAUAUUGCUUAAAUCAUAAAUUAUGUGGUUAGGCUUUCAAACUAAAAAUAAAUACAUUAUGAUCUUAAACGAAAAUAUAAAAAACAUCAUCAUCAUCAUAAUAAAUUUAUUUCGAAUUGGAGAUUAUUGCAUAAACUGUGUAAACAUAAUUGUUUAUUACUUUUAAUUACAAGUUUUACAGUUUUUAGUAACUUUAUACUUCGGUGUGAAUAACUGUGCAAUUUUUAACUGAGCAAUAUUUGACAAAACGUACGUAUGAAUACAUUUAUAUACCGAGAAUUUAUUUAAUAAUUCAUAAAUAAAGGGAACAUGGAUCGAGUUUUGUUGUAUUUUCAACGCUUAUCGCAAACUUUAAUAUAUUCGGAUUUACGAACAAUACGAGGAAGAAGCUUUUGUUACCCCGUGUUCAAUUCUAACGGUAUUGUAAAUAGGAAAUUGUGUACAUCCAAGCCACCUAAUAAAGAAACGGCCUGCGAUGAUGCAGAAGAAGUAAAUAAUCGAUCUAUCCGGGGCGAAUCGGAAAAUGUAGAUAACAAUGUUUCGCUCAAUAAGAAUGUUAGAGAUGCACAAAAUGGAAAUUCAAUUCGUCCCAAGGAAGCGGCUAUUGGACAAAUUUUUGCUAUUAUAGGCCCUGUAGUGGAUGUCAUUUUUGAAAAAAAAUUACCUGAUGUUAUGAAUGCAAUGAUUGUACCAGAAUACCCAAAUGGAAAAUUAGUUUUGGAAGUUUUUCAUCACCUUGGCAAUGGCAUUGUGCGUUCUGUUGCAAUGGACAGUACAGAGGGACUACGUCGAGGGCAGAAGGUUAUAGAUACUGGGUAUCCAAUCAGAGUUCCAGUCGGAAAAUCUUGCUUAGGUCGGAUUAUGAAUGUUGUUGGGGAACCCAUUGAUGAACGCGGUCCCAUCAAAUCCGAUUAUCAUUCCUUUAUACAUGCGGAACCCCCGGAAAUGAUAGAGUUAAAUGUAAAUCCCACAUUGCUUGAAACUGGAAUAAAGGUGAUUGAUCUCCUGGCUCCAUAUGUAAAAGGAGGAAAAAUUGGCCUCUUUGGUGGCGCUGGUGUAGGUAAAACUGUUCUUAUAAUGGAACUAAUCAACAAUGUUGCUAAAAAACAUGGAGGUUAUUCCGUUUUCGUCGGUGCUGGAGAACGAACCCGAGAAGGAAAUGACCUAUAUAUGGAAAUGAUUGAAUCCAAAGUAAUUUCAAUCGAAGAUGAUAGUUCCAAAGUAGCUUUGGUGUAUGGACAAAUGAAUGAACCCCCAGGAGCGCGCUCACGUGUCGUAUUAACUGGUCUGACAAUAGCCGAGUAUUUCCGCGAUAUUGAUGGUCAGGAUGUUCUACUAUUUAUAGACAACAUAUUUCGUUUCACUCAAGCGGGGGCUGAGGUUUCAGCGUUGUUGGGACGCAUACCAUCAGCAGUGGGCUACCAGCCCACACUAGGUACAGACAUGGGUUCUAUGCAAGAACGUAUUACCAGCACUACAAAUGGUUCCAUUACUUCUGUGCAAGCAGUUUAUGUACCAGCCGACGACCUUACUGACCCAGCACCCGCCGCUACCUUUGCACAUUUAGAUGCCACCACCGUAUUGUCACGUGCUAUCGCCGAAUUGGGUAUAUAUCCGGCAGUGGAUCCCUUGGAUUCGACAUCACGUAUAAUGGAUCCAGCCAUUGUUGGCGAAGAACACUAUAAUGUAGCCAGAGGAGUACAAAAGACUCUUCAAUCAUAUAAAUCACUUCAGGAUAUCAUUGCAAUUCUUGGUAUGGACGAACUUUCAGAAGAUGAUAAAUUAAUCGUAGCACGUGCUCGAAAAAUUCAACGGUUUCUUUCUCAGCCAUUUCAAGUAGCAGAAAUAUUUACUGGUCACCCUGGCAAAAUGGUUCCAAUCGAAAAAACAGUAGACGGCUUUAAACGUAUUUUAAGCGGUGAAAUGGAUGACUUACCAGAGAUUGCAUUCUAUAUGGUGGGCGAUAUAAAUGAUUCUAUCGCUAAAGCCUCAAAUUUGGCAAUGUCUAUGGCGAUAGAGAAAUAAAUAUUCGAAUAUAUAAUAUAUAUGAGAAAAAUGCUUAGAUUUGAUGUAUAAUAUUUAAAUAUCACUUCAUGUAUUGGCUCUAUAACUGAAUUCGCGCGGUUUUUUUUCAAAUUUUGAACGCCUAUGUAAAACAUGUACAAUAUUACAAAAUAAUAUUCAAUUUGGCGGAUCUACUUCGCAGAGUUAUCAGUAUAUUCUGCAUUUUAAGAAAAGCUCACAAUUGCGCAUGCGUCAGUGCAACAUAUUAGCGAAAGGUUUACCGGAAAUACUCCAUGUUUGGUUAAACUACUAUCUCUUGGAAUAGAUAGUUUGUUCAAUUCGAUUUACUUUAGGGUUUCGCGAAUCGAAUACUGCUAAUGUAACGUGUAAGAGAUUCGGAAGAAAAAACAUUUACUAUGUUCUUAGAUAUGGUGGACGGGGAUGGUGGACAAUAAUGUAUGCGAUAUAAACUCAACCAAAGGAACGACAUUAAAUAUAUGGUGUAAAUGAAUGAGAAGGGCGAAAAUUAUCAUUUUAGAAGUAUCAAUGCUAGACAAAGUUCCAGAUCGAUUUAUUUGUUUAUAAAGACAAAUAUCACUAUAUUGUCGUUAACUAUAUGAUAUAUGCAUAUACUGUUAUACUAAAGAUGAAUGCUAAACGAAUAAUAAUUUUCGUGAAUAAUCGGUCAGAAAAUGUUUGGCAGUUUAAUGCAUUGCGUAUUCUACCAUCCCCAAAAGCUGGCAAUUGAAAAAAAUUGCUGACGGAUCAAUUUGAAGUUGUAUGCAAAUGAAGUGUUUCAAAAUUAUUAUUCCAUAAAAAUUAUUGUUUCGUACAUGCAAAAAUAUUUUACAAAAUUCCGAUAUCUGGAAGAUGUAGUGUAGUGUUUGUCCAUUGCAGCAGAAGAAUGUGUAAAUAAUAGUAUGUACUUAAUUUGAAUUAAAUAGGUCAAAUAGUAGGAUACAGUACCACGCCCAAUGACAAUUUUUUGAAUAAGGCUCUUCUUUUGAAGUUUUUCGUCAGCUUUGGUUUUAAAAAAAUUUCUUUUUGGCUUUGACCUUGACAAUUUACAUGUAGGUUAACCACAGAUACCCUUCCGUACCUUGAUCUUCUUUUCCAAAUUGUAUAGCGUAAUUUGUAGCUUUGUCAUAAUUCCUUUUUUGUUCCCUGCAUUUUUUUAGUCGCUACAGAAGUCGUUUUUGAUCAUCUACAAGGGUUAAGUAUGUCCUGACUUUACAGACGGAUGGGUAUUGACAGUAAUAUUUUAAAUAUAAACUAUCCUAUCUCUCAAGUUGGAUCAAACUGCAUACGCAUGCGAAAUUUCAUUAAAAUAGGCGUGAAUCCCUCACAAACAACGUAACAUACAUUUUUUAUAUGCAUACACAUCCGUAUAGAGAUUAAGAUGAAAUGACCAUAGCAAAUGUGGCUGGCAGAGAUAGUUGUAGUUAUAGUAGUUUGCGAAGUAUAGUAAACUUAUUAGGGGACGGAUAAACCAAAUGCGAUUUUAUAUGUAUAUAUCCUAAAAAGCAUAGCUACAAAAAUGACUGGGGGUCAUCUGGAAAUAAUGGAUUUCUUUAUUUUCUUGAAUUAGUUUAACAUUUUGAGUAGUGCACUUUUUAUAAAUUUCCUAUAUCUAUGUAUACACUAUUUAGUAAAUAUGUAUAUACAUAUAUAUAUACCGACAAUUGUAUCACUAUAUAAGUAAACCACUAUUUUUAUAUGCGUAUAUGUAUAUAAGCAUUUUUGAAAAUAAAAGAUUAUUUCAAAUUUCGUAUUAUAGCAAAUAACUCGUCUACAUUAUCCAUGAAGUAAUUGUUUGUUUUUAUGUAGAAAAUAGUUAAUGUAAAAAAAUAAGCAAAUAAGCAACUAAGAAAUUCUGAGACAAAAUCAUAUCAUUUCAUGUUAUUAUUUCUUCGUUAAAUAAUAUUAUGUCGAAUGAUGGUCGAUUUAUUUGUAUCAUGCCCGCCGUUUCUUUUAUUUUUUCAGAUGAAUAUACACACAUAUGUAUGUACAUAUGUAAGUAUAUUUCUUUCCGAUAUCCGCAAUUAGUCUAAAGUAAAAGGUCAAGCUUUAAUAAUGCUGGGCAUGAUAAUGGUCAUCAUGCU